CAUGGCAUGCGGGUACAUGGAGUGGGCGUCAUUUUUCGGUAUUAGACACAUUUAUUUCGCAGUUUCUGUUUCUUCACAGUAGAAUGAGGAUGUGGAGCCUCCAGAAUCUGCUGUUCACUUUGAGCAUUCCUCUCAGCUGUGUGACCAGUGCAGCAGGGUUGAUCCAUGUGUCUGGAUACGAGGGGGGCGAAGUUAACGUGUCUUGUCCCUAUGGAGUGGGAUAUGAGUCCUAUGAGAAGUACCUGUGCAGGAAUGACUGCGGCUACGAAGAUGUUCUCAUCAUGACGACAGAAGCGAAGAAGAGCAAAUACUCCAUCCAUGAUGCCAGACAGAGCCGAGUCUUCACAACGACCAUCUCUGACCUGACAGGUGCGGAUGCUGGGAAGUACUGGUGUGGGGUGACCAGGAACGGAAAGGAUAUCUACACUGAAGUACGAUUGGAUGUAGGACAAGACACGUGCUGUGACCAAUCCACCAAAGUCCAAAGCUAUGAAGAAGGGUCAGUGUCUUUCAGCUGUUCAUACGAGUCUGAGGACCAGAACAAGCUGAAGUACGUCUGCAGAGGAAAGCAGACCUCCACAUGUCUGCAGCGGGCGGUCAUCACCUCUGACAGCCAACCAAACGGACAGUUCAGACUUACUGAUGACAAGACGUCGAGAAAAUUCACAGUGACCAUUAGCAGGUUGACAAAGAAGGAUUCUGGGUUGUACCUUUGUGGUGUCCAACACAGCGGGCUGGAUGUUUUCUCUGCUAUUGAUCUGGAAGUCAAAGAGUGGUGCUGUGUGAGGUCCAACAGACUGAGCGGCAUUGUGGGACGUCCAGUAACUAUGAAGUGUGCCUAUCCACCACAACACAGGAAUAACAGGAAGUUCCUCUGCAAAGGAGACCACCGCGACAACUGCGCAGACAUAGUGAGGAGCCAAAGCAGGUUCACGCUGCAGGAUGACAUCUCUUUCAGCUUUUUCUUGGUGACGAUCACAGAGCUGGAAGCAGGCGAUGCUGGGACGUACUGGUGUGGUUCAGACUCACAGUGGAGUCCUGGAAACUACACCAAGAUUCAGCUGUCAGUAGUCUUUCCACAGCAGACCAGCGCUGUGAUGCCUCCCAACACUGAGCCUGCUAUCUCACAAUCAACACAUGUGCCACUGAAACAUGUUCAGGAUGCAGCACUGUUUUACCCUGUGGUUUUCACUGUGCCCGCUGUGCUGCUCAUACUGACAUCUGCCCUGGUCAUAGUUUAUAAAUACAAAUGCCGCAAAGCGCAAGGAGCUAGAGCCAACAUGAACAGAAACCAAAGCAAGGCUGCAGAAGCAGAGGAAGUGACGAGUGUCGAAGAUGAUUAUGAAAAUCAAGAAGUUGUUGUGAGGUCAAGGCAGCAAGCCUCCAAACUGCAGCGCACCAGUGACCACUGUGAUGAUGCAGGCAAAGACGAACAAGACAGUGUGUACCAAAACUUCACCACAACAGAAGAGAUCUACUGCAAUCAAAUGUACAUUACAGCCAAAAGAUGAGCAGCAUGAAUGUCUGUGAUAACACCUUGUUUGUUUUGUCUCAAUUAACGUCUGAACAACACAUAAUUAUGUCCCUCUGAGGUCCAACUGUGGUCCAACCUUUUCAUUGUGUGGCUGAAAACUACUGGAAUAUGAUUAUUUGUACAGAUUUGCUUUUACCUUUCCACUCACUACAAGUGCUUAUUGUUAAUUAAACAAACUGUUUAAAACACCUGCCUGCCCAUAUAAGAAAUAGAGGCCAACCAUUUAGCUAAAAAUAACAUGUAUAGACUGUAUGUGCCUUUAGUCAAAGUGAAUGAUUAAACAAAAGCCAGAAAAGCCAGACUUCACAGACCAGUCUUUAUUGGUACAGGGGAUAUUGUCAGUGGCUGUCAGUUCCACACAUGAACUGAAAUGAAGUGGUGGGAAGUGACUGAGUAGCUUAUGGUGCGCUGCCAUUGUUCUGAUUCCCUUGGUUAUUUUUUUGCCAAUUCUGCAAAGACCCGCCCAUACUCUGCCUCUGAUUGGCUCUGACCCUGACAUUUCUUUCUGACCCCAACCAAGUAACCAACAUUAGCCAAUCAGAGCAAUGGGCAAUGGCAUUGUUCUUGUUUGUAAAUGUAACUUCUGUAAGAGUAUUGAAGUCUUAUCUAUCUUAUCUGUCUAUCUUAUACUUCUACUCCACUACAUUUCAAAGGGAUAUGGACAUUUUAUUCCACUAUAUUUAGUGUAUUUGACAAAUAUAGAUGAUGGUUACUUUUCUGUUUAAGAUUUUACAUUAGAAUGAAAUAUGAAACACUGUUAAGAUUAAACCAGUGGCUCUUGACCUCUCUGACUUGACACCCCCCCUUACAGAUAAGCGGUGUGUAGUUUUGGCACCUUGUCACCAUUUCAGAUGUUUAAAUUUAUCAGAUGAUUUUACUGUCCAAAGCAAUGCACAAAUGAGGUGCAGUCCAGCCACCCAGUCCACCAUGUUCCACCUGACACAAGGACCACGGGGUUGCAUAUGCAUAAAGUAGCUUAAUGCAUGAAUCCUCAGCAGCUGAUAUUUUGUUUGGCACAUAAAGAGACAGAGAAGGAUGGAUAGAUGCACACGCAGAGAUAGAACACAGUAGGUAAGCAAGAAGUCUCUGCAAAGAUAGUUCUUAACAUGAUUUUUGAAGAUGGAGAAGGUUUCUGCUUUCUGAUCCUUCCCGCCACUGAGGGAACACAGAGGACAAACGCUUGGAUUGAGAUCUUCUGCCUGGUGGUGACGGGAGGACCAGUUGUUUAUUUGCAUCUGGUAGUAACACUGGUAGUAGUAAUACUGCAGUACUUUGGUAAGUAGCAAUUUGAACGCAGAACUUGUAAUGAGGUGUUGUAUUGUAACUUUUGCUUCAGAGAAGGAUCUGAAUAAUAAUAUUAUACUAUAUACUAAUAUUCAUGCUACAAAUAGUCAUCAUCAUAAUAAUAAUCAACUUACUUAAUUCCUGGUAUAAGAUUAACCUUGUAACGAUAUAUUCAACAUUACACUGCUGUUCAUGUGAAACAACAGUUCACACUUUCUCACAGGGGCCCUGACCAGGUGUCAUAUCGAACGAGUCCGGAGUGAGAAUGUGUUACAUAAAUUGUUAAGAGCCACAUGAGCUGCAGUCUCAAUGUGUCUUUACAGUAACAUGAAGGUGUGGAGUCUUCAAAACCUGCUCUUCAUCCUUUGCAUUAUCCUGAGAUGUGUGAGGCACGCAGCACCGGUCAUCCAUGUGUCUGGAUAUGUAAGGAGACAGGUUACCAUUCCCUGCCACUACGCAGAGAAAUACAGGAGUCAUGAGAAGUACCUGUGCAGGAAUGAC